AUGAACAAGACAAACCCAGCUGCUGGCAAUGGUAUUAUCCCUGCUGGUGAUAACCACAAGCUGAGCAAGAAUGUGAAACUGGAGGUUUCUGACGAUACUGUCACCAUGGAUGAUAUCAAGAUGGAAGGAGAUGUUGAUGUUGAAAGCAGCCAGGAGCCUGAUACCACUGACGCGACUCCAACCCCAACUCCCCGCAAACGCGGUCGCAAGAAGGCCGUUCCCACAAACACUGCCACCAACCCGACGACCUCAGCAGAAGCCGAGGAGGACGAGAACGAGACCGAGCUCGAGAACAAGCAAACCACCACCCCCUCAAAGAAGACCAAGACUACUACUCGUUCCGGUGCAACCACCCCGAAAAAAGAAAUCUCCAUCUCGUACGAGUCCGCCAGCAAGGAAGACCGCAUGCUCAUCCGCAUGCGCGAAGUCGAAGGCAAAAGCUGGGCAGAGAUCAGCACCGCGUGGGAGGCGAUGACGGGAGUGAAAACCGCGUCGGGGACUCUGUGCAAGCGCUACAGUCGCCUGAGGGCCAAUUUGGCGGUUUUCAAGGAUGAAGACGUGGAGAGACUCCUUCAAGCCAAGAAGGAAAUCGAAGAGAAAUUCGAGGCAGAGAAAUGGACCAAGAUUGCUGCUGCUAUCGUGGCUAAAGGAGGAGACCAGUACCCUCCGGCGUCGUGUCUGAAGAAGUUCAAGGAGCUGAGCAAGGGCCGUACUGCGACUAGCAUGCAGGCUGGCAAUGGCAAUGGCAAUGUCAACGUCAAGGUCGAAGAAUAUGUCCAGGAAGUCGCUGACGAUGAGGCGUAG